UGUGCCUGCCUCCGCCGGCUGGACCACCAACUUUUGUGUGUGUGUGUGUGUGUUGAAGCUCACACUACAUAUGACCGACGAACUUGUGGAUAUAACGCGGUUAUGAACAAGAUGGCAACGGAAAACUUGGAAAUGAACGGUGAUGCUGACCGAAACGGCGAGGCUGAGGUCCCGCUGCGAGGCCGCUUCAGGAGGCAACAGGGGCCUCUGAACAUGAACCAUUACGCCAAUAAGAAGAGCGCGGCAGAGAGCAUGCUGGAUGUGGCUCUGCUGAUGGCUAAUGCCUCGCAGCUGAAGGCCGUGCUGGCGCAAGGACCAGACUUCACCUUCUAUGUGCCCCUUAUUACUCUCAUUAGCAUCUCGCUCAUCCUGCAGAUCGUGGUGGGAGUUCUGCUCAUCUUCAUAGUGAAGUGGAACCUGAAUGACGAAAGCAUGCACUACAAGCUGAACAUCUUGGAAAACAUCGCCACAGCCUUUGUCUUUAUCAUAGUCGUGGUCAACGUCUUCAUCACAGCCUUUGGUGUGCAGCGACCAAACCAAAGUUCUUGAUUUUACAUGAUGACUCUCCCUGAGUGAUGAUCAACUUAGUAAAGAUGGACCUCUGCGUUACUGGUGCAAGUGGACAGGACUUUUAUUUAUUCACCAAACUAAAUGGCACACGUUUGCCAUUCUGUAAUACAACCUCCCACGCAUGCCACUUGAUACCCUGAGGAUCAGAUUACAUUGUGUGUGAGUAUGUGUGUGAGAGUGUGUGUUAGAGGGGUUCACUAUAUCUCUAACCAUGGCUAUGGACAACGUUUGGACAAUCUUUCUUUCAUGUGUAAAUUCCCCUGUUUACUUACAAUAUUCAGGUUACUGAUGCAACUAAAUGGUUGCCUUUUCUAACAUAACAAACAUAUCAGGAGCAACGUACUGUGAUGUCAGUCACAAACAUUGUGAAUGUUUCCUAAAGAAAAAGACAUUCUACUGUUAUUUUAGUAUCUGUCAGUCUAAGCUCAAUGUAUGCUAAUAUCUUUAGAACAAAAGAACACCUAAUAACCUGAUAACCUUAUCACCACAGCGUAAUCCAAAUGACAUUCUUAAUAGUCAGAAUCAGGAGCCAUCUUGGCCUCCUGUUGCUCCUGUGGCUUUACAUGAUACAGCAGCUUUAUUAUGGGAGCAAAGGUUCUGUUUACAGUGUUAUAAACCUCAACCAAGCAAUGAAGUGGACCUUACAUGCUUUGUUUCUUUAAGUGCUAUACAAAGUCUAGUGUGAUGUGUAAACAGAUGUAUAUAUUAGUUCAUGUCUAUAAGUGUUUGUGGAGUAGUAUGUGGUUAUUUUUUAUGCUUUUUUUUUUUAAAUGGACCAACUAUUUUCACAGCUUUUACUAUAUGAUCUUGAAUUACACACUGUAUUUUAAAUAAAAUGAUAAAUGAAACAAAAAAAGGUG